AACUGCACACACGUGGGUAAUGUUUACGAAUUGCUGAGGUUUGAAAGCUCACCUCUGAAGUCCCAAAAUUUGUAUUUUUCACUGCAGGUGAGCAGGCAGAUGCCCUCAGGUGAGCAUUAAUAAGAUGAAUAAAACGACAAACGGAAGCAAUCCGACUCGACAGAUGAGGAGUCGAGGAAACAAAGUCGUCCUUCCCAAGGGUGCAUCUCCACAACAAAUAGGAAAACGAGGAAAACUAAUGAGUGGCGUCAAGCACAAAAGACAGCAUUCGCCUGGAAAUGGAUUUGUCGUGACUGAACUAGAUCACGAGGUGCCUGCGAAAAUAAAAAAGAAACUCCCCCCAUCAAAACAGAAGAAUAAAGAAGAUUCAAAGACAAAUCCUGAGAUUCUCAAAGACCCGAACUCCUCGGAUUCGAGCCAAUCUGAAGAAGAACCUCAAGCGUCCAGCGAAACCGUCGAGUUCCGUCAGAUCGAGGCGAAGGUGUUUGAAGUGCGUGUGUCCAGGAGGCAACAGCUCAACCUUCACGGCCGGGUGCAGGCCACCCUUCUGCAGGGCGAGGCGUCGGUGCUGGGCUGGCCGCUGGCGCCGGACACGCCCGUCUCCGUCUUCUCCUCGCGAGGCUUGUCGCUGGUCGGCUUCGAGGUGCAGCCUGGCACCGUUUUGCGGCUGCAAAAGUUCGACUCGCACCUCGACGACUGUCUGCGCAGGCUGUGCACCAGCGUCGGCCUGUUUGGCGCCUCCAAGGACCGGUCAGGCGGCCACAAGCCGGCCGCGUCGGCCCGUAUUCUUGCUGAGAGGAGUCUCGACUGCAGGUUUCUCUCCGAGCAGUCGAGCGAGAAGGUCAUUACGAUCGACAAAACCUGGCGAACAUUGGUUAAGAGGCUCAAGUUUGACGCCAAGCUGCCUAGGUUCCAGGGUUGUUUCAAGGUAAUAAUGGCGGGCGGCAAGGACGUUGGGAAGUCGACCUUUCUGCGAAUACUGGCAAACACACUGCUCAGCGAGCAGCCGGAGGAAGAGCGCGGCGUGUUCGUCCUGGACUGCGACCCUGGCCAGUCGGAGUUCACUCCUCCAGGUUGCGUGUCGCUGGUCAAGGUCACAGAGCCGCUGCUGGGCCCGUCCUUCGCCAAUCAGAAACGGCCUGUCAGGAGUUAUUUCCUGGGCCAAGUGGACGUGAAGCGCUGCCUUACAGAGUACAACAGGGCCGUCCAGAGGUUGAUGUCCGCCUACGCUGAGCUUGGCCAAGGCAAACCUCUGCUCGUCAAUACAAUGGGAUUCAAUUCAGACAUCGGCGUGGACAUCAUGGUCAACAUUGUGCGGCUGUGCAUGGAAGAUUGUCUCACCACGGUCGUCAACAUCCAGAGCAGCUCGGCGGAUAGGAAUUACCCUGAAGGAACCUUCCAUCUCGGCAAUAACUGCAGAGUCCUCGACCUUCCCUCGCUCUCAGGAAAAACUUCCGUUUCUGACUCCCACCAGAGAGGAAUGCCGCCUAGCACAUUGAGAGAAGUUUCCCUCCUUUCCUACCUGAGUCCACUGAUGAGAGCUCCAAACUUCUCUAUUCUGCAAACAGCUCCUUAUGUCAUCCGGCUCGGACAUCUGGUCUUGGGAGUUUCUCACGAGUACGUCCACCCAAAUCUGAUCUUCAAGGCGCUGCUUGGCAGCUUGGUUGCCCUUUGCCGAAUUAAUAAGAACGACCCGCACAUUUUGAACCCAAAAGGCGGCAACCUGCUCUUUUCACCAAAGGUCGUCGCAAAACCAGUGCCAACGCUGCCUUGCUUUGGAUAUGGUAUCGUGUGCGGCAUUGACCUUGCAGCGGGUCAACUGUAUCUGCAGACGCCGGAAGCGGACGACCAGCUGAGAGAUGUCAAUUGUUUGUUGAUGGGCGCGGUGCAACUGCCGCAGGUGGUCCGGACGACCGGAGUGCAAGGCAGUGUUCCUUACGUCUGCCAGGAGUCGGGCCUCACCACCAGUGCACCAGUCAAGCUUGGCUUCAGGCCGAUCGCCUCGUUGUUCGACAAAAGAGCUGCGUCGUGAAGCGUGACCGAACUUUGUGUGCACAACAAUUGAUAUUUUCGAGGCAAUGAACGUGAUUUAAACCUCUGUUUGUUUUGAGAA